AUGUCGUCUUUCGGAUUUGGAGGGUUUGGUUCAAACAACCAAAACCAAAGCACCGGCUUUGGCACCGGCUCUGGUUUCGGAACUAGCAACAACACUGGUGGAGGCUUUGGCUCAACAGCAUCCCCCUUUGGAGGCGCUAGUGGAACUUCGGGCACUGGCGCUUUCGGCGGUGGCACAUCAAACACAAGCACUGGCUUCGGAUCUGGCACCGGCACUGGCGGAGCAUUCGGAUCGAACACACAAACUCAACCUAAUUCCCUCUUCGGAUCUCAACCUCGCCCGGGUGGCUUCGGCACAACCAAUACCACUAAUAGCGGAAGCAUGUUUGGAGGCACCCAGACCGCUGGUACCACUGGCGGUGGAUUUGGCUCUGGAGGCGGAUUUGGCUCUGGGGGAACCACUGGUGGAUUCGGCGCCAGUGCCAACACAGGCGGAAGCCUUUUCGGCGCUAGCAAGCCCACUGGCUUUGGUGCCUCAACUACUGGGACCGGUGGAUUCGGUACUAGUGGUGGCUUCGGAUCUGGUGCUGCCACCACCACUCCCAGCACGGGCUUUGGGGGCUCAGGAACCGCUUUUCAACAACCAGGCGCUGGUGCAGUCUGCGAAGGCACCGGAGGUACCCCAUUCAAUGCUUUCACUGAGAAGGAUGCCAGUGCCAAUGUGACCAACCAUUACCAAAGCAUUUGCUUCCAACAACCUUACACCAAGUUCUCUUUCGAGGAGUUGCGUUUAGCUGAUUACCAACAAGGCCGUCGCUUUGGUAACGGCAGCGGCCAGGCCGGUGCCUUUGGCUCAUCUGCUUUCGGUAACACUGGUGGAUUUGGUGCUCAGCAGAAUAACGCCGCCCCUACCGGUGGCUUCGGUGCCAGUGCUACUCCGUUCGGCGGUGCUGCCACAUCUGCGCCAUCCGGAUUCGGCGCUACCCAGACCGCAGGCGGAUUCGGCAGCUCUGCGAACUCUAACCCGCUGUUCGGCGGAGCAGCCAAACCAGCAGGUGGUGGCAUGUUCGGCGGUGGAACUACAACACCCGCAGCUUCGACAGGGGGCAUCUUUGGCGGUUCUACACAAACAACCGGUGGAGCCUUCGGAAGCAACACCGGAGCUGGGACUGGGGGAGCCUUCGGUAACACUGGUGGAGGCUUGUUCGGAGCGAACAAUCAACAGCAGAACAAACCUGCAUUCGGCGCAGGUGCCAACACUGGUGGUGGAUUCGGAUUCGGUGCCAAUACCCAAACAACUACAGCUGCCAAUCCUUUCGGCGGCUCGACUGCAACAGCUUCGCCUUUCGGCGGCGGCACCCAACAACAAAGCACAGGUGCAUUCGGUGGGUUUGGUAACACUGCCCAGCAGAACCAACCUGCUGCUCAAAACAAGUCUUUGUUUGGUGGUGGUGGAUUCGGUGCCAGUACUCAACAGCAAGGGACCGGCACAGGUCUACUCGGCGGUGGCGCCGGUGCUACGCCAGCUGCAGGAACCUCUCUCUUCGGCGGUAACCAGCAACAGCAGCAACAGCCACAGACAGGAGGUGGACUAUUUGGAAAUACCCAACCCCAGCAAGCAGGAACUGGCGGUGGACUCUUCGGUGGUGCUCAGCAACCAGCCAAGCCAGCAGGCGGUAUGUUUGGCUCGAACCCUGCUCCCGCUACCGGUGGUUUCUCCGGCUUUGGAAACUCAACCGCCCAACCGUCCACUGGCGGCGGAGGCUUGUUUGGUACCUCUCAAAACCAGACCCAAGCCAAACCUGGUGGUUUCACUGGAUUUGGGGCCAGUAACAACACUAGCAGCGGCGGCAUGUUCGGAAACACCCAAAACAACACCACCCAGAAUGCAGGUAGUUCGUUGUUCGGAGGCGGUCAAAGCCAGCAGCAGCAGCCAGCUGGCAGCAGUUUGUUCGGCAACUCUCAGCCCGGUCAACAGUCUCAGCCCGCCCCUGGUAGCUUCCAGGCUUCCCUCCUUGACGGAAACCCAUACGGAAGCCAGUCUAUCUUCUCAGGUCUGCCCGCCCCAAGUGGGUCGACCCCUGGACCUCUCGCGACACCCCUUUCCUCCAGCAUGAAGCAGAAGCAGCGAACUCCUUUGCCGGUCUACAAGAUAACCCCGAGUGCUGCCAAUCGUCUUAUCACUCCCCCCAAGCGUGGAUACGGAUUCUCUUACUCUACCUAUGGCUCGCCUGCUAGCACCACUGGUACCCCCUCUGGCCUGAGCAGCAGCCUCCUAGGCGGAGGAAGCCAGAGCCUCCGCGGUAGUCUCAAUGGCGGCAGUGUUGGUCGUAGCUUCAGCAAGAGUUAUUCCACCAGCAACCUCCGGAAAACCUUUGAUCCAGAGUCCGAUAGCGUUCUCUCCCCUGGUGCGCUCCAGGCUGGCAGCACGCGUGGUAGCUCCGGUCUUAAGCGUCUGACUAUCAACCGUGAUCUAAGAAAUGAUCUGUUCUCUAGCCCAGCUAGUCGCACCCCGCCAGCUCCUCUUCUCACCAACGGGGAGGACGUGAGUCAAUCCAGUGAGAAGCUCAAGAAGAAGGUCAGCUUCGACUCUGCUUCUUCUGGUGCCAACGGAGAACUUGUUCGUGCUGAACCUGAGUUCAAGAGUCCCGAGCCAUCUGCUGAGGAGCUCGGAUUCCUUCGCUCCACUCGCAAGAGUGGUAGUCUCAAUGGCAUUGACAAUGCUGCAUCUUCGGAACGUCCCGAAAUGGAGUCUGUCCGCCGCGAUCUUGCCGUUGUUCCUGAGAAUGGACCUGCUGCUACCAACGGUGCUACGGUCAAGCGCCUCACUUUCAUCCCCGGCGGUGAUCCCAAGCCUGGUGAUUACUGGAUGCAGCCCUCCUCUGCAGAGCUUGCCAAAUAUAGCCGCGACCAGCUCAAGCAGGUUGUCGACUUUACUGUCGGACGCCAGAACUGUGGAUCCGUUACCUUCAAUGGGCCUGUGGAUUUGACUGGUAUUGAUGUGGACAACCUUUUCUCCACUCUUGUAGAUAUCAGUCUUCGCAAGAUCACCGUCUACCCCGAUGAGUCCAUCAAGCCUCCCAUGGGCAAAGGACUCAACGUGCCUUCCACCCUACGUAUCGAAAACUCGUGGCCGCGUGGUAGAGACAAGAAGAGCAACUCGCCCACUACCAGUGGUCCUCUCUUCGAAAAGCACAUUGACCGCCUGGUUAAGGUGACGGAUACUGAAUUCAUCAACUAUGAGAUUGAGACCGGAACCUGGAUCUUCAAGGUACCUCAUUUCACCACUUAUGGUCUGGACUAUGAUGAAGACGAGGAGGAAAAUCUCGACACAAGCGCUCUUGCUGGCACUGUCCCCGAACACCCUACCCCCAAGGCCCACUUCGAUCAAUCCACCAGCUUCGACCAGUCGACCACCUUUUCCAUCGAUGAGUCUUUUGUUGGGUCGCAAAUGGGUGUGGACGAUGACACUUUCGAUUUCAAGAAGCGCAAUCUCAUUCCUGGCGUUCCCGGCUCAUUUGCUGGUCAGCCGAUGCGCACCGAAGAUGAGGAUUUUUCCGAGGGCGAGACUGAGGAGUCUUUUUUAGAGGAAGGCUCCACGGGUUCAACUACUGAGAAUGAUGACGACAUCGUCACCGAGAGCCAACAGUCUGGCGAUUCGGUUGUUGGAUCAGAUGAGGCAGAUGAAAUGGACAUGGCGGGUGCCUUUCCUACUCCUCAUCGCACCGUGGAGCACGAAGACUACCAGAGCACCAAUGGUGAUCUGGAGACAACUCACCCUAUCUCCAAGCAUUUUGGCAGCCCUGCAAAACCUCAACUCGAUCUCAGUGGCGACUGGGCCGAGCAGCUCCAGCGCACUAUCAGCCCUCGGAAGCAGAACCGUGAUGCCUUGCGUGAAAUGCAGGGGGAUGCGUUCAUUAAUCGCAACUUUGUUAAUGACGAGUCGUCCGCAAAUGUCGCCAGUGCUUCCCAAAAGAAAGGGUUCUCGAACAGCAUCGAUCUUAUGAACUCUUUGUUCCAGCAGCCACGCAAACAAACUGCCCCUUCUCCGCUGAAGGCUUCCAAGCCACAGCCCAAGGGCUUCGAGUGGCCCUACAACAAACAACCCAAGACCUUUGCUGGUGAUACAACAGAAAUGACUGAAUCCGACGCCGCUUUCCACGACUCUUUCAAGCCACGUUGGGGUCCCAUGGACUCACUUGUGUGCGCACGAAACGACAUGCAGGGGACAAUCUCCGAAGUGGAUCAAACUUGGAAAGAGAGUUACAGUGUCUUUAGCGAAGAGCGAGAUGUCGCGGUGAUGACUUACAGCAAAACUAGCGAGGUCAAGGAGAUGCUCGACGUCCAACGAAACCAAUCUACUGUCCAGCGUGUAGAUGGCACUCCUUUCGUCCGCAUGGCCAAAAUCGACUUGUCACAGUUCCCUUUGUCUCCUUCUAGCCGUUCUCAGUCAGAAGAAGAACGCCUUGUGUGGCAACUUCUCAACAUCCUUUUCAAUGACGAUAUUGAGGACGAUAUUUCGGCCGGUGUGCCCCCUCGGCUGCGCAAACAAUUCUCCCACCGUAUCAAAAAAGACCGCCUCAGCCGUCUUUGGGAGCAGAUCAUUCGUGAAAAGCACACUCAAAGCUUAGACUUGAUUCGCUGCCCUGUGGAACGCGCUGUUCACUUGAUUUGUGCACACCGGGUGGAGGAAGCUUGUAAGACCCUGGUGGACAGUCAAAACCCUCAUCUGGCAACUUUGGUUGCACAAAUUGGCCGCGAUGCUACCUCACAGACCGACAUUGCGAACCAAAUAGAGGUGUGGCGUCAGAACAAUGUGCUUUCGGAGAUGAGUGAACCUGUACGCGCUCUUUACGAGCUGAUUGCUGGUAACGCUCUCCGGAGCGAGGGCAAAUCGAGUGGCGCACUUGAGGACCGGGCUUCUACCUUUGGCUUGACCGAGCGGUUCGAUCUUGAUUGGUUCCAGGCCUUUGGUCUUCGUCUCUGGUAUUGCACCUCCGAAGAAGAGCCAGUCGAGUCUGCUGUCUCCAAGUUCCUCCAGGACCUGGCCACCGGACAUGAGCCAGCCUUCCCUCACCCAUCACACCAGGACGGUACCCGUGUGCAGCCUGGCUCUGAUACCCUUGGCCGCGAGUCGCCUCUCUGGGUUUUGCUCAAGGCUUUCUCGGUAAUUCAGAGCAACGGCGCGGAAUCUCUUCAGUUCCCGGCAUCCCUUCUCCCCGAGUCUGUCUGCGGCGAUCGUCUCUCCAACCGACUUUCUUUCCAGCUCCAUCACGUCCUCACCGCCACGGUUGGGCAACAACAGGCUAUCAAGGUUGACCAGCACCAGACCGACCACCUUGUCUGGGACUUCGCUUCAGAGCUCAGCGCAGGUGGCGAGCUCGCUCAGGCUUUGUUCGUUCUUCUCCACCUUUCGCAGGCCGAUGAUCGCAAGCGCGCCGUUCAAGACACUCUCGCCCGGUUCGCCGCUCAACUUCCCGAGCCUUUUGCUGCUGACGGCUCCGCCGACGCUGGUUGGCAAUAUCUCAUCACCGACCUCCAGCUUCCUGAGGCCUGGAUCUGGGUUGCCAAGGCUCUGCAUGCCCGCGAUACUGGCGACGCUGCCCGCGAAGUCGACUGUCUCAUCCACGGCAAGCACUGGAACGAUGCUCACGCCACAUUCUGUCGCAUCGUCGCACCUAGCGCCAUUAUCGAGGGUGACUACCGCACUCUGGGAGCUUUGGUUUCCGGAUUCGGUGAUGGCCCUGAGCGCAAGAUGCGCGGCUGGGCCUCUGGCGGCGGCGUUUACGAGGACUUCCUGCGCCUAGUCAACUCCACUAGCGGUCGUCGCGAUUCCACCCGUCUGAAUAGAUUGGUGAAUGCUCUCGUCGCAAUGGGUGACCGUAUCCAGGACUCCGGGUUGGAAGGUCUGGAGGAGCGUGUCGCAUUUAAGGAGAUGAGCCGAGCAGUCGCCAGCUGGAUUACCCACGAGGAUGUUCAGUCUGUUCAGUCAUCCGCCGUUUUGGGACUUCCUUUGACGGGCGAUGCUCGUGUCCUGCAAACUGCCGAGAUGAGUCGUCGCUACUACGGAAUUAUCAUGGCGGGUGGCCAUUGA